GUCCCGCCCAAACUCGGCUUGAGCUUUCCUCCUUGUAUCACAGGUCACAGCCAUGGCCUCCCAUGAAAUCGACAACCCUCCCUCUCAAGUCAAGGCCCUGGCGGCCUUCCUCAUUUGCCGCCACUCCCACCAGCUCCGCUCCAUCGCUCUCUCCCCCGACCCCAAGCUUCACUACCCUCUCUACGUCGAUUUUGCAGAGCUAAUGGACGACGACCCACCUCUCGCGCAAUCGGUCUUCUCCCAACCCACCGAGCACUUGCGGUUUUUCGAUGAUGCUGCUGUUUGGGCUCAUAGAAUAGUUUUGGGGGAUUUGAAAGGUUGCAAAAGUGGGAUUGAGAAGAAAUUCAUUCAUGUUCGUAUAAACGUCAGCGGUUCCCCGCUCGAAUGUCCUGAGACUUUUCCGAGCAUUGGAAGCGUCAGAGUGAAACAUCGCGGGAUUCUUCUUACUCUCAAAGGGACGGUGAUCCGGUCCGGAGCAAUCAAGAUGUAUGAAGGGGAGAGAUGGUAUAUAUGCCAGAAAUGCAACCACAAAUUCCUAGUUUAUCCUGAGCUGGAAGCUAGAAACUCAAUAUCACUACCGUCAUUUUGCCCGUCUCAGAGGUCUAAAGCCUGCGAAGGCACAAAGUUCAAGGAAUUAGAAGAUUCUAUAAUACGCCAUGAUUAUCAGGAAAUCAAAAUCCAAGAGAGCACACAGGUGUUGGGUGUUGGGUCCAUUCCUCGUUCAAUUCCUGUCAUAUUGAAGGAUGAUCUUGUUGACGUUGUUAAAGCUGGAGAUGACGUGAUCGCUACUGGGAUCCUAACUGCAAAGUGGUCUUCAGACUUAAAAGACGUGCGAUGUGACCUUGAUCCCAUACUAAUUGCUAAUCAUGUUAGGAGAACCAAUGAGCUGAAGUCUGACAUUGAUAUACCUGAUGAUGUUAUUAUGAAAUUCAAGCAGUUCUGGUCAGAUUUCAAAGGUACCCCAUUAAAAGGGAGAAAUGCCAUUCUGCAACGUAUUUGCCCACAAGUUUUUGGACUCUUCACUGUGAAGCUUGCAGUUGCACUAACACUUAUUGGAGGUGUGCAACAUGUUGAUGCUUCUGGGACAAAGGUUCGAGGAGAGUCUCAUUUGCUGCUGGUUGGUGAUCCAGGUACUGGCAAGUCUCAGUUCUUAAAAUUUGCUGCAAAAUUGAGCAACCGCUCUGUUAUCACUACUGGGUUAGGAAGCACUAGUGCUGGAUUGACUGUCACUGCAGUCAAAGAUGGAGGAGAGUGGAUGUUGGAAGCUGGAGCACUUGUUCUUGCAGACGGAGGGAUUUGUUGUAUAGAUGAAUUUGAUAGCAUGAGAGAACAUGACAGGUCAACCAUACAUGAAGCCAUGGAGCAGCAGACCAUAAGUGUUGCCAAGGCUGGUCUUGUAACGACUCUCAGCACUAGAACAAUCGUAUUUGGUGCAACGAAUCCUAAGGGACAUUACGAUCCUGAUCAAUCUCUGUCUGUCAAUACGACACUCUCUGGUCCCUUAUUGAGCAGAUUUGAUAUUGUUCUUGUCCUCUUGGAUACAAAGAAUCCGGAAUGGGAUGCAGUUGUUUCAUCUCAUAUUCUUGCUGAGGGUGAAUCAGAUAAAGGCAAGCAUGACGAGGAUCCAACAAAGAUCUGGCCACUUCCUAUGCUUCAGAGGUACAUUCACUUUGUAAAAGGAUACUUCAGACCGGUCCUAACAAAGGAAGCUGAAAAAGUUAUUUCAAGCUAUUAUCAACUCCAAAGAAAAUCCGCAACUGAUAAUGCAGCUAGGACAACCGUUCGCAUGCUGGAGAGUUUGAUACGCCUAGCUCAAGCACAUGCAAGACUGAUGUUCCGAAAUGAGGUGACACGACUAGAUGCCAUCACAGCCAUUUUGUGUAUUGAAUCAUCCAUGACUACCUCAGCUAUAGUGGACAGUGUUGGAAAUGCCCUGCACUCCAAUUUUGCUGAAAACCCUGAUCAAGAAUAUACCAAGCAAGAAAGGGUGAUUCUUGGAAAGCUCAGAUCAAUAGACGAUUUUCCUGACAUAAAAAGCAUGUAGGCAUCCAGCUGACCAACUGGCUGUAGUCGAUGACCUCAGGCAAGGCUUUAUUUACUCUUAACCAAAAGUAGGGAAAAAAAAAUUUCAUUAGUUACCCCCAACAAUAUUUGUUGCUUAUGCCGGUUAAAUGUCGUUCUAUGGGUCAUUUAUGUGGGUAUUUUUGUCUGAUUUGGUGACGGUGCUACAUUUAAAUGGAUGGUUUAUGAUGUAUAUUUCAUAUUUGGUUGAUAUUGAAAUAUUCUCUAUUUACAAGUUAAUUGUAAUCAAAUCUUAGGAUU